ACAAUGAUGUUCCAGAGUGUAGUCCUUAAUCUCUUCAUGUCCUUACUCUUUUUCUCUUCAACCAUCACCACUGCCAUUGCUGCCUUGCCAAAACAACAAGAGCUAGAUCGAAUAUCAGCACUGCCUGGACAACCACCAGUCACAUUUUCUCAAUUUUCUGGCUACAUUACUGUCAACGAGCAAUAUGGACGAGCUCUCUUCUACUGGUUGACUGAAGCCACUUCUUUUCCUGAAAAGAAACCUCUUGUUCUUUGGCUCAAUGGAGGGCCAGGUUGUUCAUCGGUGGCAUAUGGAGCAUCGGAGGAAAUCGGGCCAUUUAGAAUUAACAGUACCGGUUCAUCACUUUAUCUCAAUGAGUAUUCAUGGAAUAGAGGGCAUUAUGUUCCCCAGCUGGCAGAGAAAAUUGUCGAAUAUAAUAAGGCACUCUUGCAACCCGCCUUCAACCUUAAAGGAUUUAUAGUGGGAAAUGCAGAUUUUGAUCAUUACUAUGACAAAAUUGGAGUUAUAACAUAUUGGUGGAGCCAUUCAAUGAUAUCUGAUACAAGCUACAGAUCAAUUCUCAAGAAUUGCAAUUUCAAAGAGGUAAAGGAAUCACUGGAAUGUGAAAGUGCACAGAGCUAUGCUGAGAAAUAUGAGCUUGGAUUCAUAAAUGAAUACAGUAUUUAUACACCACCUUGUAUCACAUCGAUUAAUAAUACUAUGAGGCCUCCAAGGCUCAGAAAUACUCUAUUGCAUCCAACUGUUUCUGGGUACGAUCCAUGUACUCAGAAUUAUGCAGAGAAGUAUUAUAAUCUACCGGAAGUGCAAAAGGCAAUGCAUGCAAAUGUUACUGGAAUUCUUUACAACUGGACUGCUUGCAGUGAUGUUAUCAUUAGCAAUUGGAAAGAUUCUGAAUUUUCUAUGUUGCCGAUAUACAAGAAGUUGUUUGCAGCUGGUCUAAGAAUCUGGGUUUUCAGUGGAGACACAGAUUCAAUGGUUCCAGUGACUGGCACUAGGUUAGCUCUCAGCCAUCUCAAUCUCACCAUUAAAACUGAGUGGUAUCCAUGGUACGCAGAUGAAGAGGUAGGAGGAUGGACAGAGGUCUACGAUCAGCUAACUUUUGCUUCAGUGAGAGAGGCUGGUCAUGAGGUUCCACUAUUUCAACCCAAGAGAGCAUUCAUUCUUUUCAAAUCUUUUUUGGCGGGGGAGGAAUUGCCACAUUCUUGA